CCUUUUCGUGCUCAUCACCAAGAUCAAUACACGGCAUGCGCGUCCACUAAACCGCUGCCGUGCGCGUCGCCGUCACUUGCUGCGGAAUUCAGGAGGCUGUGGUCGGACUCCGAAAAGACUCCUACCUACAAAAUAAUGAACAACAAAUUUGACGCUCUGAAAGAUGAUGACAGCGGAGACCACGACCAGGACCAAGGCUCACCGAAAGACGGUGAGAAGGAAAAAAACGAAGAUGAAGAGAAGGAGCAGAACACUUCCAAGAAAAAAAUGGUGGUGCCAGGAGCAGGAGAACACCCUCUCCAGUACAAUUACACCUUUUGGUACUCGAGACGCACCCCAGGGAGACCAGCCAGCACUCAGAGCUACGAACAGAACAUCAAACAAAUUGGCAGCUUUGCUUCGGUGGAGCAAUUCUGGCGUUUCUAUAGUCACAUGAUCCGACCUGGCGAUUUGACAGGUCAUAGUGACUUCCACCUCUUCAAAGAAGGCAUUAAACCCAUGUGGGAGGAUGAUGCCAAUAAGAUGGGUGGGAAGUGGAUCAUUCGUCUAAGGAAAGGCCUGGCGUCUCGAUGCUGGGAGAACCUGAUCCUGGCUAUGCUGGGAGAACAGUUCAUGGUAGGAGAGGAGAUCUGUGGGGCUGUGGUGUCAGUACGUUUCCAGGAGGACAUCAUCUCCAUCUGGAACAAAACGGCCAGUGACCAGGCGACCACCGCCCGCAUCAGAGACACCCUGCGCAGAGUCCUCAACCUGCCCCCCAACACCAUCAUGGAGUACAAGACACACACAGACAGCAUUAAGUAUAGCAUGGGAAGACUUCCAUGGUCUGGUGAAUGCUAGCGGAGGACGUUAGCCCCCCCCUCACAGAGAUGCUCAGCGAAGAGUGUGUGCAUACGGGAUGUGUUGGGGGAAGCCGAGUCCAGAGAAGGGCAGCUCUGCGUGGAUUGGCACUGCGUAAUGCGAAGACAGAGCAAAAGUCGGGGACCGAGGCCAGGAGACCGUUGGGUCUUUGUGUCAAAAUGGAAAUGAACAGAAAAGUCUUUCAACAGAACACUGAAACAGGUCUAUGAAAGAGGUGAUUUUAAUCAACUGGAAGAGGAAAUUACAGUUUUGGGUUUUUUUAGUAAUGCAAGUUGUAACAUCUUUUAACCAGUGAGUGACUGGUGUGGGCUGUUCUGGUCAUGAACGCUCGACAAAGUGUGCUUUAAAUACAACAGAAUCAGUUGUACUCUAUAUGAUUUUAUUGCUUAACGUGACAUUUCACCUGCUGUUAAAAUAGGUGUGCUAAUCAGUUUUAUUGGGACUCAAACAGGGUUAUUAUAACACAGUGCUGUAUUUUAACUACAAUUCCUCUGGUCAUUUUGAACUAGAACAAAUAUUAAUGUUGUUUAAAUGCAAUCCACAUCAAAGAUCACUUAAUAGGAUAAAAAAAAAUUAAGUUGUAUCCCAAAGGAUGAGGAUCCUGUAUUGGGCAGGUUUCUAUAACCGGCAUCUUUAGAAUGAACUGCCAAGCUGCCUAAAUCACUGUGCCUGGCCUCAAGUUCGACCUGAACCGGGUUUCCCUUCCCUGCCUUUUCCUUUUUUUACCCCACCUUUAAAGAAUCCAAGGGAAGGGCUCUGCUUUAAUGUCAAAGGUGUAUAGGAGUCCUGAAACACUGAUAUUCACUCCUUUUCCAUUUUGUAGUCCACGAAAGAAAACGGGGCCCAGGGUCUGUUACAGUUUUUAUCCUGGGGAGCUUUUUUUGUUUUGUUUUGUUUUUUUAAAUAUGUUAAGAAAGAGCCUACAGUUUGUUGAAAAACUGUAAUGCUGCCCUUAUUUGUUAGUGUGACAAUGGAUGCAGGUGUGUGUGAGUGUGUGGAAAGCGAGGAAACACUGUUGGAUGUACACCUGAUGGAUUAUAGCAAUAAAUGGUAAAUAUGCAUCUGCUGCUAAAGAUGGUUUAGUGCCAUUUUUCUUUCAUAAACGCUGGAACUGAAGCUGUGGAGUUUGCAAGAAGCCGAGAUUCCUCUUUAUCCGCUCUUCUUUCUUCCCGGACCGGGAAGCUUUGGUGCCCGUUGGUCUGUAAAUCAUGUGAUGAUGCUGGUCAGCUCAUUUCAAAGAACAUAUGAUUCUGCAGAGAAAUCAUUCAGACAGGUUAGAAACGAUGUUAGUUUUUCUUUCUAUUAAAAUGUCUUCUUCA